AGGUCAAUGCACAUAAAUGAUUAUUUUACUCACAAUCAGAAUGCUUGAAAAAAAAAAAUAUAUAUAUUUAAGUUUUGAUUGUAUUCGGACUUUUAGUGUAAAUAGAAUGUCGUACGAGACUUUAUUAUCACUAUCAUUCAAACCGCCGAACGCAUUUCUUCCGAUUCUUUUAUUUCAACAGUUUCUUUCAUCUGAAACUAAAUUUAGUGCAUAUAAAGCAAAAAAAUGCGAAUUGCAAUAAUCGGUGCAGGUUCAGCAGGACUUGCGGCACUUAAAAAUUGUAGUGAAUUAAAAAAUGAAAAUGAUUCAUCAAUGACAAUUAAAUGUUUCGAAAAAAGUGAUAAAAUUGGAGGCACUUGGGUCUACACUCCAGAAAUUGGAGUAGAUCGUUUUGGAUUGCCAAUACAUUCCAGCAUGUACAAAAAUCUCAGGACAAAUCUUCCAAAAGAAGUGAUGGGAUAUCCCGACUAUCCAAUACCGGAAAAUGAAAAAAGUUACUUAACUCGUUCGGAGAUUGUUGAUUUUUUGAAUUCUUAUUGUGAUCAUUUUCAAUUACGAAAAUUUAUUUCUUUUCAUCAUAAUGUAGAAUUGGUGGAACCAUUUGAAAUAUCUCAACCGAAAACAGAAGAGAAAAAUUGCAAUCUACAAAAAUGGAGGAUUAGAGUUAAAAAUUUAUUAAAUCAGACUAUAAUUGAAGAGAUAUUUGAUUUUGUGAUGGUUUGCAAUGGACAUUAUUUCGAACCAAGUAUUCCAAAUAUUAAAGGCAAUGAUAUAUUUUUAGGACAAAAAAUACACAGUCACGAUUAUCGAGUUUCUGAUUUAUUUAAAGAUAAAUCUGUUAUUGUUUUGGGCGCUGGUCCAUCAGGAAUGGAUUUAGCUUUAGAAAUAUCUUCAGUUGCAAAAAAAGUGAUACUCAGUCAUCAUUUGAAAGAUCCUAUUCUUACGAAAUUUCCACAUAAUGUGAUUCAGAAACCCGAUGUCUUGGAAUUUGAAAUUGACAAAGCAAUUUUCAAGGAUAAUUCUAAAGAGAAAAUCGACAUCAUAUUCUACUGCACAGGAUACAAAUUCAGUUUUCCAUUUCUUGCAAAAAAUUGCGGUGUAAGAGUUGAAUCAAAUAUGGUUACACCAUUAUGGAAACAUUUAAUUUCAAUAGAAAAUCCAAGUCUUGCCUUUAUAGGUCUUCCAUUUUAUGUCUGUGCCUUUAGUAUGUUUGAUUUACAGGUGCGCUUCACUAUAAAAUAUUGGAAAGGAGAGAAACAAUUUCCAUCGAAGGAGAUAAUGCUUGUUGAAGAAAAUCGCGAGAAAGAAGAAAAAAUAAGUCUUGGAUUGCAGACUAAACAGUUUCAUAUGAUGGGACCAAAACAGGGAGAAUAUUAUGAUGAUUUAGCGAAAAAUGCCGAAAUAACUCCAUUGCCUUCUGUUUUAACAAAACUUCAUAACGAUAGUAGUAAACGAUUUUUGGACGAUUUGGUGAAUUAUCGACGUGAUAGAUAUAAAAUUUUGAAUAAUGAUAAUUUUGUACAAUUGGAAAGUUUACCAUUAUAAAAAUAUUUAAUUAAGUUAAAAAGAAUAUUUUUGAUGAUGAAAAAACAUUUUACAACUCAGUUGUAUUUAUUAAAGAAUAGCAAGCAUAAAAUAAUAAAUAAAUAAAGUUUUCUUUAUGCAAA